CGAUGAUUGGAAAAGAACAUGGCUGCCUGAAUCUGGAGAAAGAAUUAAAUAAAUUUUUUUCCGGCAAAAGUAGAGUGCAAUACGAGUAAAUUUGCGCCACCAAGCCAGAGCCAGCAAAACAACGGGGAGGGCGCGCGAAAGAAAACAAGAACUUGCCAAGGCCACAGGAUACAGGACAAAGCAGCAUCGGCGAGAUGGGCGAAGUUAAAUCGGUGAAGGUGGAUAACUGGGGCGUCUUCUUCCUGCAGAAGUUGCAGAACUUCUUCAACAAGACGGACUACUGCGAUCUGACGCUCCAGUUUCGCGACAACUCACAGCUAAAGGUGCACCGCCUGGUGCUCAGCGCUUGCACGGACUACUUUAAUGUGCUGGAGCAGACGUGCGAGAUCGUCGACGAUGCUCUCAUCAUGCCCAAUGAGUUCCAGGCGGACGUGGUGGUGCCCAUUGUCAACUUCAUGUACACGGGCACGCUGGAGUUCGAGUUGAAGAUGUACGGCAAGCUGUUGCGUACGGCCAAGGAGAUGAAUAUGACCGUUCUGCUGAAACUUCUUGAGGCACAUCGUCGGACCAUGGAGAACGUAAAUCGUCAACAAAGGCCGCCCAGUCCAAAGGGCAUCCGUCGGCGUGUCGUUGGACAGGCCAAUUCGGGAACUCCGCAGCAUCGCGUUAUGGGUACAUCGCCACAAAGCCGUGGGAUGACCAGCGUAGGAACGCCCACGCCUCUGCGACAAAACACUCAGCGUGGAUCCACCGGCAACACAAUGAUCCGGAGUGGGAACACCACCGUUAAACAGGAGCCCACCUCUCCGUUCGAGCAGUUGCGUAAAGGGUACAACAACAAUAAGCGACCGGCACAGACCAGCCUCCUAUCGCCGCCAUCCAAGAAGCCCAGUUUGGAGGAGGUCAAGGAGUUUGCAGAACAACAACGGAUGCGCAAACAAAUAGCCGCAGAGUUCGGAGAUCACGAUCCCGAGUACGAUAGUGGCAUGCUCUACGACGAUGUCCAUGCUGGAGACGAUGACGACGACGAUUUGCCACCACAGCCCUCUACGUCCAAGCAGCAGCAGUUGACAGCAUCGCCGCAGGGCACGCAGACUCAGCUGGAGCACGGCUCCACCACAAUAAUCCUGAAGCAGGACUCACCCAGCCAGACGCCCACGAUAAUAGUCAAGGAUUCUUCGAAUGCCAAGCUGAAUCACACCAAGAUUAUAGCUGAAGUGCUCCGCCAGUACCCGCAUAUUGUCAAGGGUCACAAGAACAUCAAGCUGAAGAUUAUGCCCAAUACUCCAGCCACUCCCGCUGAGAAGCCUCCAGCGCAAAUUAAACGAGGAUCCCCGGUACAAACUGCCUCGAAUCCACCAUCGACAUCGCCGCAUAAGAAGCUGCAUGUGUCAUUUAAGGCAGAUAAGACCACGCCGCUGAUCACUGCCCAGCAAAAGGCCGCUAGCGCUCAGCAGAAAACAAACACAAAUGCGCAAUCUUCAGGCGGUUCCCAGACAGCAGCGACGAACCAAGCUGGCAAUGCAGCCUCACAACAGAAGCGACGCAUCGACAGCAAGACAAUGCACGCCUUAAUUGCCCAAGGGGCCGAGAACACCACUGGUCCAUGGCUUUGCCUGAGAUGUGGUGUUAAUGGACGUCCCAUCAGCAUUCCGUCUUAUCGGGGAUUCCGACGCCAUCUGAUCAAUACGCACAAGGAGACCAUUGAUCCUGCGCUCUGCGAACACUGCGGUUGGCGAUCGAGCAACAACCGGGAACUUCAUUUCCACAUGUACACAGAGCAUCAGGUCAAGUCGCAGCUGUACACCUUCGCCGAGUGCGCAUUGUGCAACCAGUCGUAUCUAACCAAGGCCGAGCUGGAGGCGCACAUUAAUGAGGCGCACACGGACGAUAAUAAGCAGCAGUGCAUCUAUUGCAACAAGGUAUUCGAGCAAGAGCUUCAGCUGUACAGGCACAUGAAGAGCUACCACAAGGAGCAGGCUUUAGAAGAUGGCAUAAUUGAUGAGACCGAUGAGGAGUUCCUUGGCUCCCAGGAUGAGGAAGAGGAAGGCGAGGAGGAACAUGAACCGGAGCAGACUGGCAAAGUACGCAUACUUUCGAACAUCAGUCUGCCGCCAGCCACUAGUGCCAUUGCAGUGCAGCAAGCCGCAGACCAAGAGCAGCUGCAGGAAGACUUGGAGCAUGAGCAAGAUCAGGUGCAGCAGCAAGAGGUGAAGUUUGUGGGAGCUGAUGGCAAUGAGGUUGAACUUACGGACGAGCAGCGCAAGGAAAUCCUAUCGCAGCUUAAUCAACAACAAGCAGGCGCUGCCGCCGGUGGUGUGGUGAUGGUGCUCAGUGAGCCAGAGGCGGAGACCGCCAAGCAGGAGACUGAUGCCAAAUCCCUAGCUGGCACUGAGGAGGAGUACGACGACAGCCAAAUUUACAGUGAGCUGGCUGCCGCCGACUCGGUAGAGAGUAGCAAGAAGAGUAUUGCCGAUGAGAGCAAGGAGUCUAUGGAUAAUCUGGAAUGGGCAGAAAAUUUAAUUGCCGAGUCCGAGGAGCAGAGCAAUAAGGAGCCAAAAUCGGAAAAGUCUCGCGAUGACAUUAGCGAAAAGCUUAAAGAGCUAACGGGUGACUGGACCGAGGAUGAAAACGACGAUGAAGCCGAUGACAGGCCCGCUACAACAGAGCUGGAAGGUGAACUUGCCGCCAAGCAGUCAGAACCAAUAACCGGUGGCCAAAUUCACGAGGAGGAAGAAGACGACAUCGACUUGGCCCUAAAGUCCCUGCAUAAAGGCACUGAAGAUUCAUCUGCGACAAAAGCUGCCGAGGAAGCGAUAGAUUCAGCCGCCAGCAUAAAUUGUCAACCCGAGAAAAUGGAAGUCGAUGCCCAAGUGACCAAAAAAGAUAAAAAACCAGUUGAAGGGUCCGAUGUCGUCAGCAUUAAGAAGGAGUCUGAAAUGGAUGCUGAAGAAGAGGAAUUUAUUAAGGAGGAUCCGACUGCCGUAGAACCCGAACCCGAAGUUGAGGCGGAAUCAAGCGAAGCUGCAGCUGCCGAUGAUGAUGUUCACAUGGAGGCGGAGAAUAUUCGGAAAGAACUGCUUGACGAGUUGAUAGCCGAGUCUGAAAAGCCCCAGGAGGGGGAGGAGGAGGAAGAGGAAAAGAAUGGGGCUCAGUCUGAGCAAACAGCAGCGAAAGUGGUGUCCGCUCCAGCAGUAGCGACGGCGGAAGAAGAGGAUCAGGAAUCUGCCACCGACCAGCCGGCCGAAAGUGAGGGAUCAAAACCGGACGAAGAGGCUGCCAAAAGCGAAGAAGGUUCCAAGGCAACGGACAAAAAGGAUAGUGUGGAGGAUAAGCCAAACAAAUGCGAUGAUGUAGCAAGCACCGACAAGGUGGCACUAGUCUCUACGACAGUAACAGAAACUGGGGGAGCGGCAUCUGCCACUGAAGAAGCCAGUGGGGCGGACAAGGUCAAGAGUCUCAUUAGCGAGUGGGGGGACGACGAGGAGGAGGAGGAUGAGAAUGGCGUUAGUGCGGCAGCGAAGGAGGAGCUAUAAUUACUAGAUUUAUUUAUGUUCUAAGUUCGGCGAUUGAGUUCAGACGCAGAUUACCGAGCGCGGCAAGAAUUUUCGGUUUCUAUUGUAAAUUAAAUUGUUAAAGAGGAUUGAGAGGAGGAUAAGAUACGCAUAUGCACAGGCAUAAGUGUAUAAGAUCUAAUCUGCACAUCUCACGUAACUGUAAAUCCGACGCCCCCUUCCCAUCCCAUUAAUGUUCGUAAAGCUCCUCGGAGUCGUCACCUUGAAUGAGUGAUCAGAGACCAAUACCACCCAGCAUUGCGCUAUUUAUGAGUGUCAGUUUAAUUCACCACACCACCAACGUAGGAGCAAGCAACCAACAUUUCACAAUUAGGAAAACACCUUAUAAAAACAUAUAUGCAUAUUUAGUAUACAUAUAUAUCAGAUACAUACAAAUUAGUAGAUGUAUGUAGUUAUAUGGAUGUUGUUUUAAUUGGUUUAAAACAAAAAAUAACGUAAAUACGGAUUAUUAAGUAACUGAUGAUGUUUUACGAGUGUACUAUUUAAUGACAUUAAACAAAACAAAAAAGAUGACCCAUUUUUUGAUUACGGACCUGUAGCUUGUAAGAUUUAUUAUAUAUAAAAAAAUAAAAGAAAUCCAUAACAAAUACACUCUG